AAGGACAGCUGACACUGACAGAGCAGAGUGAACAAAAGUAGUCUCUUAGGCUUUAAACAUAACAUCCUCUCAGUUCUGACUGGUCAUAGAUUAGUGUGGAAUCAGUCAUGUUUCGCAAGACAUUUUUCAUCUGUUACAUUAAGGUGGACUGGGAUGUGUUCAGAACAAGAGUAUCGCAUAUGGACGCAGUGAUCCGCAGGUGCCCUUUCCUCACUGUGGUGCCUAGUGUUGUCCUGCAGCUGGCUGGGAAGUCAUCACUGGCGAGCUAUGCCCAAAAGUGCCCUGUGAUGAUGGACCUGGCCUCCAGACCUCUGGCCAGAGCUCUGUCCUCUUCAGCUUUUGAAUCCAAAGGCUCUCCAACAAAUGAUGAUCAAAAGAAUGAAGUGAAGUUGGCCCCAGGGCAUGUCACGCCACCUGCUGGCCAGACUGUAGGCUCUAAAUGCCCUUUCCUGGCUGCAGAAAUGGUGCAGAAAAACAACAGGGUAGUAAGAGAGGCCAGCUUGGAGCUGCAAGAGGACGUCCAGGAAAUGAACUCUGUGCCCACAGGGAAACAAGAUGUGGAUUUAUCUGUUGUGGAUCUUAUCGAGGAAGACAAGGCCAACACAGGGGCACCAAAAACCCGUUUUAUACCCAUAUCUUUCAAAGUGUCACACCUGCUAAAGACUAAUCUGCCUGAGGUCACCUUCCAGUAUGACGAGUAUUUUGAGAAGAAGAUUGAAAGCAAGAAGACAGACCACACAUACAGGGUUUUUAAGACAGUGAACCGGCGUGCCUCCUCGUUCCCCAUGGCAGACGACUACUCCGAGUCCAUUCAUGCCAAGAGAGACGUGUCUGUGUGGUGCAGCAAUGACUACCUCGGCAUGAGCCGUCACCCCAAAGUCACCCAGACAAUCAUCGAGACUUUAAGGAAGCACGGUGCUGGUGCUGGAGGCACACGAAACAUUUCAGGGACGAGCAAAUUCCACGUGGAACUCGAAUACGAGCUAGCUGACCUGCAUGACAAAGAUGCUGCACUGCUGUUCACUUCUUGCUUUGUAGCCAACGACUCCACAUUGUUUACCCUGGCAAAAAUGCUACCAGGUUGUGAAAUCUACUCCGACGCUGGCAACCACGCCUCAAUGAUCCAGGGUAUAAGAAACAGUGGGGUCAAGAAGUUUAUCUUCCGUCACAAUGACGUCAGCCACCUGCAAGAGCUGCUUGAGAAGUCUGACCCCUCCACUCCAAAGAUUGUUGCCUUUGAGACGGUGCAUUCAAUGGAUGGGGCUGUGUGCCCACUCGAAGAGAUGUGUGAUAUUGCCCACAAGUUUGGUGCCAUUACCUUUGUGGAUGAAGUUCAUGCUGUGGGCUUGUAUGGGCUCAGAGGAGGAGGGAUCGGGGACAGAGACAGAGUCAUGCACAAGAUGGACAUCAUCUCUGGAACCCUUGGCAAGGCAUUUGGCUGCGUGGGUGGCUACAUCGCCAGCACCAGCGCCCUGGUGGACACGGUGCGCUCUUACGCUGCAGGCUUCAUCUUCACCACUUCCCUGCCCCCUAUGCUGCUGGCAGGGGCAAAGGAGUCCAUCAAGGUUCUGAAAAGUGAGGAAGGCCAGGUGCUCAGGAGGAAACAUCAGAGGAGCGUCAAGCUGCUCCGACAGAUGCUGAUGGACUCAGGCCUUCCGGUGGUCCACUGCCCGAGCCACAUUAUUCCUGUCCGGGUGGCAGACGCAGAGAAGAACACUGAGAUCUGUGACAUCAUGAUGUCUCAUUACAACAUCUACGUCCAGGCAAUCAACUACCCCACUGUGGCUAAAGGAGAGGAGCUGCUGCGCAUCGCACCCACACCACACCACACUCCCCAGAUGAUGUUCUACUUUGUUGACCGGCUGGUGAAAACGUGGAAGGAGGUGGGUAUGGAACUGAGGCCACACUCCUCAGCAGAGUGUGACUUCUGCCAGCAGCCUCUUCACUUUGAGCUGAUGAGUGAGAGGGAGAAGUCCUAUUUCACAGGCCUCAGUCACAUGAUAUCAGCAGUAGCCUGAUAUAAAUUAAAACAUUAAAUCCCUACCAGCCCCACCUCCUAUAUUCAAGCUAUUUAUUUAAAUUCACAUUAAAUAGUCAAAAUAAUAAUACAUUUUAUUUAUAGAGCACUUUUCAGGGUACUCAAAGACACUUUACAAAAGUUAAAAUGAUCAUCCAUUAUUAUUAAUCACACAUUAGCAUGGCUCUGGCGCCCCAGGUCCGAUGCUUGGUCCUGAGUGGUGGGCAUCAGAUAUGUGUAUAAAAUGUUCUAUGUCACCAAAAAAAUGUGUGGGUAAAGUGUUGAUUUACUCUUGUGUCUUCACUUUUGCAUGUAUUGACUAUGACUUCAAAAGGCCAAACUUUUACAAAUACAUAUAUUUGUACAUAUGUUUGACAUUUUCAUCAUGUAAAGGAAUCCCUCAAUAAAAAAACAAAUGCAAAGCAUUUUAAUGAGGCUUUUUACAUAGCGCUAGGUUCCAGAGCAUCUAAAGGUUGAACUAACAUUUUCCAACUCCUAUGGGUUGGAGUCCUAAGUGCUGUUUCAGAGAAGCUAUGCUAGUAGCAAACAUCAGCAAAGGCAAUUAUGUAUUGUUUAAUUGUGUUUUUUAUGCUGCCUUUCUAAAAAGUGUAUUACUAGGUGGGUUGUCUUAUUGAUUAGUUGCAAAUGUGCAUAUUACGCGUUCCCCAAUAUCUAUGAGGUGUUACGCAAAAUCUAGAAUAAUCUUCAAGUAUGAAGGGAAUGAGAUAGCAAAUGGCAUGGAAUAUCACACACUCACUCCAACCCAGUUGUACAGCGAACACACAGUAUCUCAAACCAUGUCUCACUUAUAGUGUUAUCUUUUUACAUUUACACCAAGGGUAUUUGCUGCACAUACAUGUACUUUAUAUGUAAACUAUUUCAUUACAUGCAGUUCUUCUGGCUUGUAUCAGUUAUAACAUGUUAUGGAGUGUUGCUGUAAGAGCCAAUUAGUUCCCUUGGUAUAAACCGGAACCAAUCUUUGGUUCCUCGGGUGCAACCCCGAAGCACAUACAGUUUUUGACCACACGAACACACACACACACACACACACACACACACACAAACACACCAACA